AAUCAUCGAAGCGGAGAGUUUGCACGUGAUCAGAUUUUCAAAGACCGAUUUUGUUGUGACGCUCUGCGUUCGUGACACCUACGUUCUUGAAAAAGCGUGAGACCUGCGAGGGUCUCCGGGGCCUCAAGGCCGCUCUAAUCUGCUCUACCACUCUCAUGCACGGUGGGAUCGGAGGGACCAAACGUCCACUAGCUCGGCGGAACGUCCAGCAAGAGUUAUUAGGCUUCCCGGGGUGGCAAGUUGCGUGUGAGCGGUCUUGGCUGGGAAGUUUAUUCACUUCUCUCGACGUUAUCGUUGUGGCGGACUCACAUAAAGGCCGGCCACCAGACCGACGGUGCCAAAACGAUGCGCUUCAAUUUACUUCCGGGCAUCUUCUCCCUGUUCCUUGCGCUUCCAGUCGUCGCAUCGGCCCUCCUCAGCAUCAACCCCAACCCCGAUGUGCUUCUCUCGCCGGAGUCCCUGCCGCUUCAGCUCCCUAGGACCAACGCGGAACGUCUGAGGCUGCGACUGCCCCUGAUGAAGCCCGGGCGCAAGCUGCAAGGACUGGGCUCCCCUGUCAAACAGAUGAUCGAGGAAGCAGUUCCUCCCCGUCCGUCCAGUGCGCCCAUCCCGCUGUGCGUGUCCCUACCCGCAUCACUCGUCCGUUUGCCCUUGACUGUCCGCAUUGGCAGACAAACGUGCGCGAUUUCUGUGUCCAUUGGCGGCACAUUGCGGGGUUUCCUGGCCCCCACACUGAACCCAUUCGGGGAAUUCAACGCCAUACAGCAGGACCGAGCCGUCGCACUGUUGGUCCGGUUUCCCUACAAGCCUGGGACGGGGAACGUAUCGGAGGUCGACUUGCAGAUGCUGAACGGCCCGGCGGGCGGAUUCAAGGAGAUGUACCUCGGGCUCGUUGUUGGAUACAGUGAUACCAACAACACGCUCGGACCCGGAUCCCGAAACUAUGUGUACCUUUCUGCGACGUCGCAGGCCCAACCGGGCGGUGCGCCCAGUCUGGGCGAGUCGACGAUCAACUCGUUCUCCAUGCGGACAGGCAUCGCGGAGGCCGUCGAGUCGGCCGUCUGGCAGUACUGCCCUGUUUCACAGGAUCUGCGCGCGUUUUGGGUGAACGACGGCGCGCAGACGGUGCCUCUGAAAGUGGUGUUCAAGGCUGACAGUGAUGCUGCUUUCGUCCUGACAGGUGACCUAGACGCGUGGCGGAGAGCGUUUGGGUUCUUUCCUGAGGCGGUGCGUGCUUGGUAUCUGUCUUCCUCCCGCGCGCAACUUCUCAGCCAUGUGCACAGACGUUUCAGUGCGUUUCGGUAGCGGGCUGAGCAGGCACGCUCGUUACAGAAGAUUAAUGCAGCGCCAUUGACACCGACAUCGACAGCGAUGGGAGUGGCUCUAGACUAUGGAAGGACUACAGACUUGAUUGCCGGGGUGCUUUCCGAUAUCGUCCUGCGGAAUACCCACUAGAUUCUACAGCUUGUUAAGCCUCUCUUCGUGCUUGCCAGACCGCAUAGAAGCGGUCAUCUGGUGCGCCAACUCAGGAAUAUGAUUACCGGACACGAACUGCCAGCUAUUUUGGAUCAGAAUGCCGGGUGCCGAGGCAAUGGGCAGGCCAUGCCUGCCACAUCCAUUCCAGCCAAAGUCGAGGUUAAGGCGGAGAUGAGAAGUUG